UGCGUGUAGAAACCGCUGGAGGAAAACGAGCAGGAGAGACUGAUGACUGAUGAAUCGGAUUCACUGAAUCAUAAAGGUGUCCAAUACACGGACUGACCGCAACAUCAGCUCAUGUUCAAAGCAAAGCCUGUCACGCGCCACAAACAGAGUCAGAGUUCGAGUGGUUAUGUGGAAGAUCUGAGAUGAGAAGGCUUCUUUCCGUGGCGUGCGGCGCUGAGGCAUGUCUUUAAGAGAGUCGCCUUUCCCCAACUGUUUUCUGGAAGGUCUCCAUGCUGUAGGAUGGAGUCUCAUCUUCCCGUGUUUCUGGUUCCUGGACCGUCUCCUCGCCGUCUGCGUCUCCACCAGUCUGGAGCGCGUGCUGAGGCGCGAACAGGAGUGCUACCUCCACCCGCUUAAGCUCGUCUUUGGCUCCGUCCUGUUCUUCAUCCUGUUUAUACUUUCCACACCAUUCGCCUUCCUGGGAUUCGUACUAUGGGCUCCACUCCAGGCCGUACGCCGGCCGUUCUCGUACCGCCGUCAGGUGCGGAUCGUUCACAUGGAGGAUCGUAAUUCUAGAUGGGAGGACACGAAGAAGGUCAGUUUUGGGUUUCUGACAGGCAACCUGUGCUUGCUGCCCGACGGCGUAGCGCGCUUCAACAACCUCGGGCAUUCGCAACAGCGCGCGUCAAUCAUCGGGAAAAGCAUCGUGCAGGGUGCCACUCGCCCGCACAUCCGUAUUUUCGUAGAUUCUCCGAGUAGCUGCGGCACCGUUACCCCGUCCAGCAGUUUGAUUCCGCAUCCGAUCCCGUCCUCGUACGGAUCUGUAGACUUUUCCAUCACAGGUCAGAAGGACGGGACUGAAGCGGAUGAAACCAAUGGCCCAAACCAGCAGCAGAUUCCCAAACCCAACUGCAACCAGAACUCCAAGCAGCACAAGCACCCGCCUCGUUCCUUAAGAGACGGCGACAUGCUGAUGGAAGUGUCCAGUUUGUUCCCGUCCUCUGUGGAUAUAGUUUGCCUCCAGGAGGUUUUCGAUAAGAGAGCCGCUCUGAAACUCUCACGGGCUCUCGGGCCGCUCUAUGAACACGUUCUCUAUGACGUUGGCGUUUACGCCUGCCAGCCUGCUGGAACCUGCUCCUCUUUCAAGUUUUUUAACAGUGGUCUGUUCCUGGCCAGUCGCUAUCCCGUGAUGGAGGCUCAGUACCGCUGCUUUCCAAACAGCCGAGGAGAGGACGCACUGGCUGCCAAAGGCCUGCUGGCUGUAAAGGUGGAGAUAGGGUUACAAAAAGGGGAAAAGAAAAUGGUCGGGUAUAUUAACUGCACUCAUCUGCACGCUCCUCAAGGGGAUGGAGAGAUACGCUUUGAGCAGCUUAACAUGUUGACCAAAUGGAUCAGUGAGUUUCAAGCAGUGACCAGGCGAGAAGAUGAAAUGGUGAUGUUUGACGUGCUUUGUGGGGAUUUUAACUUCGACAACUGCUCCCCUGAUGACAGGUUGGAGCAAAGCCAUAGUGUGUUUGAGGAAUAUACAGACCCCUGCAGAGCUGGACCCGGGAAAGAGAAGCCCUGGGUCAUCGGAACCCUGUUGGAACAGCCAACACUCUAUAAUGAGAACAUGAGGACUCCAGACAACCUGCAGCGAACUUUGGAAAGUGAAGAACUGCGCAAGGACUAUUUAUCCCCGCCGGUGCCGGCGGACGGUGUUCCUCUGGUUUAUCCUGAGCCGGAUCAACCCUGGGUGGGUCGACGGAUCGAUUACCUUCUGUAUCGAGAGAGCUCCGUCACCAGUCACUGCAAAACGGACGUGGAAGAGUUCACAUACGUGACUCAGCUGGCUGGCCUGACGGACCACAUUCCUGUGGGCUUUAGACUCUCUGUGUCUCUGGAUUCAGAAGAGAUCAGCCCAUGUGUGCUUUCUAGUGGACCAGACUGCUGACACUUUCAAAUAUCUAUAAGUAAUGAAUGCUUUAGAGGAAUAGUUCAGCCAAAAAAUUAUUAUUAUUCACCCUCAUAUGGGUUUGGAAUAACAUUGCCUAUCAUUUUUAAAUGCUUGACAUGUGGAGAAAACACCAAAUAUCACUAUAUGAAUCACUAUUUGAACAAAGCAAUAGUUCUGAAACUCUGUCACUCUUUCCUAUGCAUAUCCUCUCUGUACAGUGCCAGUAAUGUGGAUAGAUAUGACACGCAUAGUUUAAUUUCUGUUUUUUUUUUAAUGACACUUUUUCAUGACAACACAGAAAUGAUAUUGGAAAUAUAUUUUAAUAAAAAGGUAGAUUUUUUUU